AUGUCGUCUAGUUCAAAAGUUCACGGGGAGAAUCUGGCGAGGCGGUCGCCUUUGGGGCUGGAGCGGGGACCGCCGGCAGGUCCUGCCUCGCCGGCGGGGGUGGCCGGUGCCGCCUCCCUCCCGCCUCUCUCCUCGCUCCUUUCCAGGCGAGACCUUGGGCUCCGCAGUUUGCCAGUGGCGGCACCUGACUUGCUGGAUCCCAAAUCGGCCACUCAGAACUCCAAACCAAGAUUAUCAUUUUCCACCAAGCCUACCGUGCUCUCUUCACGGGAGGAAAGUGAUUCGGCUAUUAAUGUUAUGAAAUGGAAGACAGUCUCAACAAUUUUUCUGGUGGUAGUCGUGUAUUUAAUAAUUGGAGCAACAGUAUUUAAAGCCCUGGAGCAGCCUCAUGAGACCUCCCAGAGAACCACCAUUGUGAUUCAGAAGCAGACGUUUGUAUCUCAGCAUUCCUGUGUGAAUGCAACAGAGCUUGAUGAACUGAUUCAGCAAGUAGUGGCAGCAAUAAAUGCAGGAAUCAUACCUUUAGGAAACACAUCUACUCAGAUCAGUCACUGGGACUUGGGAAGUUCCUUCUUCUUUGCUGGCACUGUUAUUACCACCAUAGGCUUUGGAAACAUCUCCCCACGCACACAAGGUGGAAAGAUAUUCUGUAUCAUCUAUGCCUUACUGGGAAUUCCUCUGUUUGGUUUUCUGUUGGCUGGUGUUGGAGAUCAACUAGGAACAAUCUUUGGAAAAGGAAUUGCUAAAGUAGAAGAUACCUUUGUUAAAUGGAAUGUGAGUCAGACAAAGAUUCGCAUAAUUUCAACAAUAAUAUUCAUACUGUUUGGCUGCGUGCUGUUUGUUGCUCUUCCUGCAGUUAUAUUCAAGCACAUAGAAGGCUGGAGCACACUAGAUGCAAUUUACUUUGUGGUUAUCACUUUAACUACCAUUGGGUUUGGUGACUAUGUUGCAGGGGGAUCAGAUAUUGAGUACCUAGAUUUUUAUAAGCCAGUGGUGUGGUUCUGGAUCCUUGUUGGGCUUGCUUACUUUGCAGCUGUCCUCAGCAUGAUUGGAGACUGGCUAAGAGUCAUAUCAAAAAAGACAAAGGAAGAGGUAGGGGAAUUCAGAGCCCAUGCUGCGGAGUGGACAGCCAAUGUCACUGCAGAGUUCAAAGAAACUCGAAGGCGCCUGAGCGUGGAGAUCUAUGACAAGUUCCAGCGGGCUACCUCUAUCAAAAGGAAGCUCUCCGCAGAACUCGCCGUCAACCACAACCAAGACCUGACUCCCUGCAAGAGAACCCUGUCAGUCAACCAUCUCACCAGUGAGAAGGACAUCUUGCCAGCUCUAACAAAGACAGACAGCAUUUACAUGAAUGGUUUGACACCGCACUGUGCAGCAGAAGAGAUAGCCGUUAUUGAAAACAUUAAGUAG